CUUUUGUUCAAUUUUCUCUCCUCCAUUAAAAUUUACAUAUGCGAUGGAAAAUAAACUUCAAAUUUGUACACUUUGGUUCCUAUAUAAAACAUUUCAAACACUUCAUUAAGACCAAACACUUGCUAUUCUUUUUCUAUUAUCUCACAUCCUUGUGUCAUGGCAGCACCUUCCAGCAUUCCCCUUAAGUUCACUGUCCGACGUUGUGAACCAGAACUUGUUACUCCUGCUAAGCCUACGCCAUAUGAACAAAAACUGUUAUCGGACAUUGAUGAUCAAGCGAGUUUGCGGUUUCAAAUUCGGGUAAUCAACUUUUAUCAAUAUGAACCUUCCAUGGAAGGAAAAGAUCCAGUUGAGGUUAUUAGGGAGGCACUUGCACAAACCCUAGUGUGUUAUUAUCCAUUUGCAGGUAGAUUAAGAGAAGGGGCCAAUGGUAAGCUUAUAGUGGAUUGCACGGGUGAGGGUGUGAUGUUUAUAAAAGCCGAUGCUGAUGUUACACUUGAACAGUUUGGUGAACCACUUCGCCCACCAUUCCCUUGCUCCGAUGAGCUCCUUUAUAUUGUUCCUGGUUCUGAAGGGAUGCUAAAUUGCCCAUUGCUGUUGAUUCAGGUAACACGGUUGAAAUGCGGUGGUUUCAUCUUCGCUCUCCGUCUCAACCAUGUCAUGAGUGAUGGUACUGGGCUAGCCCAAUUCCUGUUUGCCCUGGGUGAAAUGGCACGAGGUGUAGCCACUCACUUGAUCUCACCCGUUGGGGAAAGACAUCUCUUAGAUGCUCGACACCUGACACGAAUCACAUAUACCCACCGCGAGUAUGAUGAAGUGGAAGCCCCUGUCACCACCCCCAUUACCAUCUUGCCAUUUGACAAUCCGGUUCAACGUUUCUUUUCCUUUGGCUUUGCAGAAGUUUCACUUCUUCGUAGCCUCCUACCUCCCCACCUUCGCCGUUGUACCACGUUUGAACUCAUAACGGCUUGUUUAUGGCGUUGUCGAACCCUUGCUAUAAAUCUUGACCCUGAUGAAGAUGUACGCAUGAUAUGCAUUGUUAAUGCACGUUCUAAAUUCAAUCCCUCAUUCCCAUCGGGAUAUUACGGGAAUGUGUUAGUCUUCUCAGCAGCAAUAACAACAGUUAAAAGUCUCCGUGAGAAACCAUUAGGGUAUGCAGUGGAGUUAAUAAAACAAGCGAAAGCAAGUGUGACAGAGGAAUAUGUGAAAUCCGUGGCAGCUUUAAUGGUGGCUCGGGGUAAACGAAUCCAUUUCCCAAAUGUUAUCGGUACAUACAUUAUAUCAGAUUUAACAAAGGCCAGAUUCGAAGAUAUAGAUUUCGGAUGGGGUAAAGCUGUGUUUGGAGGGCCAAUGAUAGCGGUUGGGGUGAUGGGCUCUUUAAUGGCAACCAAGAAUAAGAAAGGAGAAGUUGGAAGUGCGGCAUCAAUUUGUUUGCCAGCUCCAGCGAUGGAAAGGUUUGCUAAGGAAUUGGAGAACAUGUUGAAGCAGCAGCCAAGUGAGGGUAAAAAGAGUAAAUCAAAUUCAAUUUCUUCUGCUUUGUGAAAGAUAUGAUAGUGCGUAUGUAUUAGUGUAAGGGUGAGUGGUAAGACAAGUAGGGAUUGGAAAAUAAAGGGAAAUCAAAUUUAAGUCAAUUGCAGCAUUUAGUUGAAUUCAAUUCGAUUUUUGUGAAAUUUGCUCCCAAGUAAUAAUGAAAUAAAUUUGAUUUGAUUUAGAAGUUAAAAA